AUGAAUCUCUUAUGGAAUUCUAAUAAAUCAUUAUCAAACUCAUCUAUCAAUCAUGAUUUAGAAGUGAUUGUUGUUGGUUUAAAUAAAACUGGAACUAGUUAUUUAAAAUCUGCAUUAGAAAUUUUAUAUCAUGGUACAACAUGUUUACAUUAUACUGAUUUAAUUUAUCAAUCAAAUGAUAUAAUAGAAAAAUGGUUAGAAUUACAUUUAUGUCAAUAUCAAACAAAAUUAAAUGGAUUUCAUUAUAAUAAACAAGAAUUAUUAAAAUUAUUAUUAAAAAAUUAUAAAUCUGUAUCCGGUAUACCAGUUACAUCAUUUUUAAAUGAUUUAAUACAAAUGUAUCCUAAUGUGAAAGUUAUUUUAACAGUACGUAAUGCUGAAUUAUGGCAUGCUGCUUGUCGUACAAAUCUUAUACCAUAUCAAUCAAAUGAAUCAAAAUUACAAAAAUUUUUUUAUAAAUUUUCAUUAUUUACAUGGUUAAUAAAAUUAAAUCAAUUAAAAUUAUUAUCAUUACAAAAUACAUUAGGUAAUACAAUUAAUUUAAAAAAUGAUAAUGAAUUAAUUCAUGCCUAUAGUCGUUGGAAUGAUUAUGUUCAAUUGAUUGUACCAAAAGAUCGUUUAUUAAUUUAUAAUAUUAAACAAGGUUGGUUACCAUUAUGUGAAUUUUUAAAUAAACCAAUACCAUGUUGUACAUUUCCUGGUAGAAACACAAUAUUUCUAUGGUCAUAUUUAUUACGUCAUUUAAAAAAAUUAUUUCAUUUUAUAUUGUAUAUUUUUAUUUAUUUAUUUAUGAUUUAUUAUUUUUUAAAUAUUUUCCGAUAA